CCGACCUGAGCAAAUGUUUCCACGAGGCGUUAUUAUUUGAGCUUGAGUACAUUAAAAAUGAACUCAAAUCGACGCUAAUCAAAAUGCACAAAUGGAUGAACCCACCAAAACCUUACAAAAACCUGAUGUACCACUUGGAUGAUGUAAAAGUAGUUCCCGAGCCGCUGGGGGUGGUGCUCAUUAUCGGGCCUUACAACUACCCAAUCAAAUUAAUAUCCAUCCCAUUACACGGAGCGAUUGCUGCUGGAAAUUGUGUGAUCAUGAAACCCUCGCACCUGACUCCGCAAUGUUCAACGCUUCUUGCAAAACUGGUGCCAAAAUACUUGGAUAAAGAGUGCUUUAAAGUGGUGCUUGCUGAUCCGAGCGAGACAAAAUUACUGCUGAAGCAGAAAUUCGACUACAUCUUCGCCACAUGCUCGGCGGCAACAGGUCGCGUGGUGGCGGAGGCUGCGGCCCGUCAAAUGACACCGACCUCGAUUCAGAUGGGCAGCAAGUGUCCCGUCUACCUCGACGAAAAUUUGGGAGGAAAUUUCGAUAGGGCCGUGACCAAAGUGAUUUUCAACAAAUACGUUAACCUCGGACAAAUGUGCAUGGCGCCCGACUACGUCAUCUGCACACCCAAGGCGCAACAACAGCUUGUUGCAAUUUUUGAAAAGACGCUCAAGUCCUUGCACGGGGAAAAUGUGCAAAAAUCAACAACGCUUGGAAGACUUGUCAAUCUGGAGCACGUGAAGAGACUGGAAAAUUUAAUUAGAAGUACCAAUGGGAAGAUCGUUUAUGGAGGCACGGUGGACAAAAAGGACCUGUGGGUCUCUCCCACCUUGGUGGUAGAUGUGCACCCUGACGACAUCCUGAUGAAAGAGGAAAUAUUCGGUCCCAUCCUGCCGGUGGUUGUGGUCGACGGUCCGGCAAAAGCAGUCGAACUGAUCAGGACAAGAGGAAAACCACUGGCGGUGUACGUUUUCAGCAAUGACAGGGCGACGCAGGACCUCUUUGUGACCCAAACCUCGAGUGGAGGGGUGAGCAUCAACGACUGCAUCACCUACUCGGCCAUCGAGGACUUGCCCUUCGGAGGUGUGGGCGAAAGUGGCAUCGGCCCAAAGUACCACGGCCAAAGCACCUUCUUGACCUUCACAAAUCAGAAGGGCGUCCACAGGAAAAAACUGAACUGGUUCAAUCAAUACACAGAUAGGGUUAAAUAUCCUCCCUUGAAUGGGUUCAAGCUAUUUGUGGCAAAAUACUUUUUGAAGGCAAAGUCUACGAGGGAAAAAUCGAUAGCGGUAUUUUCUAUCCUGACAGUGUUUUAUUCCGUCGUCUUCAGUCCAGUAAUAAUUUUGUUCAUUGCUUGGAUUUUGGGAGGUACAAGCACUGAAAACUAAGAAGGAUCGUCGAGUUAACUUGUAUUUUGCAGCACACAUGAAUAAAUCAAAUUAUUUAAAGCCCGUUGAAAAUAAAAAUUGUGUUUGGAAUGAGG